AUGGGUCUAAAGAAAAAGAAGAAUGUUAUCAUUUUGACUGUGUGUGUGGUGGUGUCUUUUAUUUUAUACCAAUUAUACUUUUUCUUAACAAUUACGUCGGAGACCGUUAACGGUAACAGAAUAAUUCCAGUGUUAGAUCAUCAAAAAAUUAAAAACUCUAUUCAUUUAAGAUCAGAAGACGACAGAUUUAUAAAUGAAAAUGGUCUUAUAAGAGGAGUACACUAUUUACAUAUGCCGUUUUAUCGGCCAAAUUCCAACAAUGAAUUUGAAUGUAGAACUUCCAAGAUACGAAUACCGUUUGAGAGGUUAAACGAUGAUUUCUGUGAUUGUGAUGAUAGUACUGAUGAGCCAAGCACAAGUGCUUGCCCUAAUGGUACAUUCUUUUGUCAAUAUCAACAUAAAAAAUCUGUUUCUUUUCUCACUGUACCAUCAAGCAAAGUUAAUGAUGGAAUUUGUGACUGCUGUGAUGGAUCAGAUGAAUGGCUUCAUGAACCAAAUAAGAAACUUGUCAGUCAAGCGUCUUUAAAAAAUUACAGACAUUAUGUUUUAGAGUGCCCUAAUAUAUGUCAUUGA